AUGUUAAUUGAAGUGUGUACUACGUCAAAUGAUUAUCCUUACUUGGAAUACACUAAACCAAUUGUAGCCACUGUAACUGAUUAUAACGCCUUUCCCUCGCUCAAUGAAACAUUGAGUGGCAACUGUGGAUUUUGGGGUGGAAAAGUCAAUGAUCCAAGUGGAGCUCUUUACCAGUAUAUGGAUUUAAAAUAUUAUUCUCGUCUAAUAGAUUCUUCUGCAGCACACUUCGAAUUAUCAGCGUUCGUAGGCGGCAUAGAAUCUGACGGUGACUAUUCUUUGGUUAGUGUAGGAUUUAGAUCAUCGGAUAACAAACAAUUGGGUGUUACCAGUUUAGAGAUAGUGACGAACAUUCAUCGGAAUAAUAGAAGUGGAUUAUUGCUGCGUCGAGAAACUGGUAUUAUACCGAAAUACUCAAAAGUUUUCGGCAUAGCAUUUGAAUUUAUGAAAAUGAGCGAUGGUCCCUACAAUAAUGGGCUAGCAGAUGAUAUACAGCUUAUUAUUCGACCAAUUGAACAUAUAAAUAAAACGUUUGAUAGGGUGACUUAA